GAAUAAAUUAUUGUCAUGCCACUGACAUACGACAUGAAGUACUGGAUAAUAUUAGCGGGCUGUUUGGCUUUGAUACAUGUCACAAAGUCUUCUGGUGUAUGCAGUGAGGACACUAUUAAACAGUCGUGGCAAAAAUGUGACAAUACAUAUUUUGUGUCAGACGUUAAAGACAUGGCGUCGAUGAAGAAAAUGUGCAGCAAUGUUGAAUGUUUGGUUCAGUGUAAGAAAAAUGCAGUUGGAGAUUGUGCAAGCCAGGAAGAAUUUCGUGAACAUUUGUUUAUGUUUGAUCCAGAGAAAUGGAAGGUUUAUUAUAGAUUUACAUGCUCCAAUCUUGACGAUGUUAUGCAACAAUUUAAUGGUGGUUGUUCACAGAAUGACAUAUGCUCAGGGAAAAACAUUACAAACUUCAAUACAUCUGAGAGAGAUUUGAAAAUUUUGUGCAGCUCUUUGGAAGCCACGCGAAAUUGUGUCAGUAUGAGUCCAAGUUCAGACGGCAAAACCUGUACUGCAGAUGGUGCACGAUUUCAAGAAGAUAUCCGAAAACUUGGUUAUUCAAUUUCCAUUUGUGAAAAUACAGACAUAAAGAAGUUAUAUACGAAGUACGGUGGACCUUACAAAUGUGGAAGCAGCUCUGCGACAG